AUGGCAGGCGUCUGCCCAUAUGGGGUGCAGCUAGCAUUUUCGGAAAUGAAUUUCUCAGCUUUGCCUGCAGCUAGCAUGUGGGCGGAUACAUGUCCCAUUGACACACAACAAUUCCAAGGAUCGGCCAACGAAACACUUCCGUCUCAAACAAACGACCCACUUGCAGAUCUAAUCCACGAUGUCGGUCUUGGAUUAUCAAACAGUUCCCAUAUAGUUGUGGACAUCAAGGCAUUCAUGAAGUCACUCGGGGACCGACCGUUUUAUAGUCGGUCCAUGCUUCGCCAUGCCGCAGAGCAGCUGAUCAGGGCUCGAAAUGGUCUCAACAUCACACUGACGGAUUGUUAUGGUGCGACAAGAGUCUAUCCAGCUGAAGACAUAUCUUUUUACAGUCAAUAUUUCCCCCUAGAUUUCUUCCUAUAUUACAACGGACUUCACUUGCUUGCCACCCCACCGCCAUGGCAAGACUCCAGUUGCGACGACAUGCUCCCAAUCUCGGUCGGGUUCCGUAAACAGGUCGAAGAACCUAACAAUCCACGCGAUCGUAUCCUCUUGAAGUUUUAUAUGCAGCAGGCCGAAAAACUUUGGCAGGUAUCAGACGUACACCAUGUCUUGUUCAACAGCCUGAACAGCCUGAAGCACACAGCACGGAUUACCAAUAUCGUCUGCAUCGGACUGGGCACCCUGCAUAUGUCAGGUUCAAGGAACGCCAACCCAGCAAUGCAGCAUAUCGUUGCAUCUUCUAUUGCUCAAGACCUGGAACGGGUUUACAAAGCAGAAGGAUUUCCAGUCGACACACCCAUCACAAUAAUUGCGCAAGAUCCCGCUUACAAUGAACUCGACCGGGUGAUACUGUCUGAGCUGCCGGUACCGAUUAAGACCGUCUCUGAUCCCGAGGGGUUUCUGGCAAUCAACGAAUCUUCGCUCGUAUUCUCCUGCUACCCGGAAGUUCCAGUCAAGCAACUCGUCGCAGAUCUCUCAAGCGAAGCACCAGGCGGCAAAGGUCCUGCUGCUCUGUUUUUGAACAGGAAUCUCAUCGGCAAAGCUCACGUCGAUGUCAAUCUUGUCAGAUACGAGCGGGAACACCCGUUCCGUUACGCUGACCCGCUGACGCGUGAUUACCUGAGGAUGCUCGAGUCUUAUACGCAAGUAUUCGAUGGUGAGCGGCUAUUCGGAGAGGAUUUCUAUCUAUUCAUUCCCACUCUCAACACCACUCACAACGAAACAAAGCAUAUGCCUGGUUACGAGUAG